GAAAAAAGAUUUGUUUGUAUUUAAACUAAUCACACCCAUCCAAGCCCAGGAUGCAGUGACGGUCUCCCCUCAAAAUAGUGACAGGUGACUUGUUUUUGUGAAAUAUUUGCACACAGGGAGAUGAACGCUCAUUUAAAUGGCCACUUCACUAAAAACACCCAGCAGGGCUCCCUUAAUGCACGAUUCAGAUCUUUGGCAAAACUUGAAACUGAUUGAGGCUGUUGAUGUCCUUUUCUUACAGUUAAGGUGAUUUUGAAAACGGCAGCAUUUAGACAGCAGAGAGAGUAGAAAACUGCACAAAAUCUUCGGCCAAUUUAUACGAACAAGCUACAUCCAGUGAGUCAGAUUAAUAAGCACCAAACAUAAGGAACUGACACUGUCUGUGUUUUGUUUAUUGUUUAGUUUCUGGUUUGAAAGGGGCGAUGGGUGUAUUUCUGUAGUACAGCUUGUUAUUGUGUUGUGCAGAGUACUUUUGUCAUUUUUGUAAAGGUGAGCUGGUGGGCUUGAGCUGCAGCGCGUGAACAAGAUGUGGGGGCUUUUAUCAAUGACUGGACAGGGACUAAGAAAACAACACUGGAAACAUUUAGAGGAAAGUCUAAAUACCUUUAGUUUUUAAUAAGGGUUAGGCUUGUACGAGUUAAGAUUUGUCUAAUCCUCAUGGAAGCGUCAUGCAUAAAACACAAAAGGGUGAAACGCUUAAGGUGGGUGAAUACUUUUUCUAGGCAACGUAGAUCUUGUUUUAAGCAGUUACAAGCUAAAAUGUGUUUUACACAAUUAAAAUCAUCAGCAUAUUUCAUGGAUUAUUCACGAAGAUGAACACCUCCCAAAACAAGAAUCUGGAGGAGAAGCAUUCCACAUGGACUUUACAAGUAGGUCAGCAGAACAUCCCAGGAAGGAUGUUUUCCAGCUUCUGUCACAGUCUGUUUUCCACCUGUUUUUAUUUCUUCUCUUUCUAAGCCUAAAACCAGGAAGGAGUGAGGUGUUGAAACUGUGGAUGUGGUCAGGAAGUCCCAAAGUCACAUCAGGGUCACAGGGGGAAUAUUUACCUUCAUUUAUUGCCUGAAUGUUGAAAUGAAGCGCAGAACAGAUGGACAUGAAAUGAAAUGCUUGCCUGUGGGGAAGCUCACACCCUUUCGUCAAACAUCACAUCAACCUGUGUGAUCUGGGGACACCUGCUGGACGCUUCCUGCCAUUACAGCGUAGACGGAUCAACGCCCAUGUCUGAAUUUUUCAUCAGUUUGAGAAAGAUUCCAAUUCCUCACGAAGCAGCCGGAAUUAAAAGAAGGAACAACAGACCAAUAAAUAUAUAUUUUUUUAAAAACACCACCUGCAGUGCUGCCUCCUCAUCCUUCUUCCCUCUGCAUCAGAUCCUCCCCAUCUUUACACACCGAUCCGCCUCCUCCUGCGCUCCUGUCCGGAGACUCCAGCGCAUCCAGCAGCCGCAGCAGACCUGUGGAGGACCUACAAACUCUCUGAGCCUUUUAUUUCACCACCACACCAAGAUGGGAAUUGCAGGAGCGGUUUGUGACAACCCUGCAGGCGCACAGUAAGUGAACAGACCCAUCGUUUGUUGAGAGUUUCUACACCUGAGAGAAGCAGGAAGAGGAACCAUGAUCGACCUGAGCCACCUGACAGAGGAGGAGCAGGGGAUGAUAAUGACGGUGCUGAAGAGGGACGCCGAGCUGAAGAAGGCCGAGGAGGAGAGAAUCAGGAAACUGGAGGAAAUACUGAACAGCGAAACGCAGUCAGACACCAACCUCAAGUACAUGACGGGAGAGUGGUUUUAUGAGGCCAAGUCCCGCCGACACCAGGACAAGAUCCACGGCUCGGAGAUCAUUCUGGCCUCCAUGAAGCAGGGGAAAGCGAUUGGUUUCGAUGGAUCUCUCAGACUUGACAAAUCCAAGACGCUCAGCAGUCGAGGCUCAGAACUUGUUGCUCCAGUGAAACCUGCCAGAUGUUGGGAAGGACUACAGCCACCGGAGAUCAAUGAUGCAGAGAAAGAGAAUCGAAUUUCAGCUUUUCGCUCCACGAGAACGUCAAGGCAAAACCCUUUUAACCGUCCUUCCCUCAAUAUUUUUGAGCCUCCUGAAUAUAACCAUGACUUUUCAAUCAUUCAGGACAAAGAGUCUCCAGAGAGAGAGCCCAUCUCUCCACUGAAAAGCCAGCCGCCCGGUGAAACCAGCCAGACUUCAGGCGGCUCCGUCACAUCAGAGGGAUCCUCUGUAGGUUUCAGGCCGGUGCCAAAGAAGAGGACGUUCCUCUCAAGGCGCAAUCAAACAGAAAGCAACGGUGUGGGGUCAGACGCUCAGGUGGGGUCAGCUGGGAUUGUUCCUGCCCCAAGACAGAGCCUCCAGCGGGGAUCCAGCGGCAGCUCGAGCCAGUCCUGCCCGAAGAGCCAAGAAGAAAUGUCUCAGAAAGGUGCAGUUUCUAAUCAGGAGUCUCAGUCUGCUGAGGAAAAUUCCCUGCAGCUGCUGAGUGACAUUCCUCAGGUUUCCUCGAAUUCAAAUAUGGAGAGAGAAAGAAAACCACCUUUUAUAGCAAGACAGCCCUCCAGGAGUGACGUGUCCACUGAGAGACAAAUGCUGCAUACGAGAGAAGAACAGGACGAUCAGACCCAAAGAGAUCAUCCGGUUUUACACCUUGUCACCCAGAAUACCAGCAACACCCAGGACCAACAAUAUAACAGCAGUGUGGGAACAACAGUGAGGCAGGAGGAGCUGAGUCUGCCCCAAAGCACUGUGGACCAAGAUCCUCCCACAUCUUAUGACCUCUGCUUCAUUGAUCAACAAACUCAGAGGUCAAACCAGGCGCACAUCUUUAAAUUAUCCACCCAGGCCACCAGUCCCACCGGUGACGAGGAGGACUCCAUUAAUAAGGUGCUGGACUGGUUCAGUCGCAGUAUGGACAGCGGUGAUUGGCUAGAUACUGAAGAUGCUCCAAAGAGCUCAAACAAACAUGCGGAAGUCAGUAAAUCAAGAGGUGAAGACGCCGGGGCUGACAGAAAAACAGCAAGGAGGAGUCAUUUGCAAAGACAGAGCAGUGAGGAUAAAAAGUUAAGAGCAACAGACAGGGGAAGCAGCAAAAAACUGAUGGAAACACAAGAGGAGGUUGAUAUUAGAAGAAGAAUUCACUCACAGGAUGUAAAAGAUAAUGUUGAUGAAAGUCAAACACCUAAUAUCUCUCAUCUGAAGUCAUUGUGGGAGAAAAGCAGCACGGGCCCUAAAAUACUUAUUGGCAACAAAGGACAAAAACCAGCUCAACUCUUAGCAGAGAAACAGUCCGAUGUGCCCAGUGCUCCUGGAAUAUACAGUGAAAAGGAAAUUUACGAUGAUUACACCUCGAAUCAAAGUGAUGAAAGAGAGCAUCAGCUGGUGAUCAGUCCGCAGACGGACGUGGUUGACAAUCUUCACUUCCACCAGCAAGUUAGCAAUCUUAAAUCAUCAAAAAGGAACAAUAAUGACUCAGAAUAUAGCUCAGAUUAUCUAAAGCUGAUGUCCAGUCCCCAAGAGUCUGAUAAUGAGAUUUUAUUAACCAGAUUCAAUCAAUCUGCAAGGACAGUCGUCGAUCCGGAGUCUGAGAGCAUCUCUUUAGUUGAACCAAAUCUGGAAUCGGAAUCAAGAGAAGAAAUCCUGCAAGAGAGCAUGUCAAAAACUGUUCCUGUGUCUCGGAUUGAUGUGGAUUUCCAAACAGAGAAGCUUCGUUUGUCCAGAAACAGCCAGAAUGUGGAGUUUAAACAAGGUGGGAGUGAAGGCCAAGUCAGAGGCAAAGAUUCAAGUGAAGACAUAAAGAGGAGGGACAAUGAGGAUCAAAGUACACCUCCUAGGAGAAAAGAAGAUGCAUUCAAUAAGAGAGGAUAUCAGCAUCAAGAAAAUACAGCAGAGAGGAUCCAGCAGCUCAAGGCUUUCUGGGAGAAGGAGAGAAACAAGCCGAUGUUCUACACCAGCAAACCUAAACCUCUCGGAGAUGAGAAAGUCGCACGUGGAGCGAAUCAGGCAAGACUGAACAAAAGAUUCACAAAAUCAGAGUUCGAUCUGACGUCACUUGGAAACGAAUCAGGUAGCGAUGAGGAAGACGCUUACAGAAAUCAUCCAAAUUUCACUAUCCUCCCUUUAAAUCAGCGAUUGGAGAGGCUGUCCCCAAGUCUUGGCACGAGUCGGAGACAGUUUAACACCCUGCGUGACUUCUGGGAUGAAGCCACGUCCGACUCUAAGGAAUCGUUUCCCUUUGACAAGCUCAAGAGCCCCAAAAGAAAAGAGUCGCUAAAUGCCCAGCUUUCAUCUCCGGAGCUGAAGAGUGGCGACCCAGACGUUUACCGCCUAUCCUCCGCUGUCGAGAAAACCAGACCAGCUGCCAAGAAAUCAUCUCCGCCUCCUCAGAAUCGAUCAAAGUCGCCUCACGACAGACAGACGGGGUCGGGGUCGAGAGCAGUGAGCGACAGCAAAAACAACCUGCAUAAUUACAUGUCAGUUGAACCGGGCCAGCAGAGGCAGUCGAGGAGGAGCUCAAAGGAGUCCAACAGAGAGUUCUCAAAGCUACAGAGCAGCAAAGAAAUACGUCCUCCAAAAGGCAGAAAAGACAGCUUCAGCAGCUCCAGCAGUCGUGGCAACUCUUUGCGUCGUGCCACGAGCAUGUUCGCUUUGAGUGUCGCAGAUGACAAAGAUCAGAGAGCGGAUGUCAGCCCAUUUCACUCCCAGAGCAGGAAGCCGAGGCAGAACUCUGACAAAGGAUCGAGAAGAUCAUCAGACGGCGCCGAGACUUUGACUCCGCGUGCUCGAGCGUUUGUUCCCAGAGAUUAUCGCCAUUACCUGGGGAUGACCGAUGACACCGCCGUCCACGCGUCACUCACCCCGACCCUGAAGGACGAAGGCUCAGACGGCAAAUCUGGGUUUGAGGUUGACAUGAGUGGACCAGUAAAAGCCAGUACCCCAGUUAGCUCCGAGGAGCGUUAUGGCAGGAAGGCCAACAAGAUGAGCCAGCGCCCCCUGUGGGCCAAUUACAGCAGCUCGGACGCCGGACAGGAGUCGUCUCUGAGCAGCACAUCAGAAACCUGGUCCACCUCCAGGAACAGCUCAAAUCGUGAAAAUGACGUUGAUGACCAGAAUCCUGUAAGGAAAGCAUUAUGGCGAGCAGAAACGCGGCCCAAAAAUCUGGCUAAAAGCAUGGAGGACAUCACCGCUUCACUAUCACCACGACAAGAAAGAAGACAAGACCCAACUCCUGACCUCAGACGCAUAAGUGAUGCUUCCACCAUCCCGUCGCCCUCCUCGUCCUUGUAUUCGGACCCAGACCACCUGAAGAAGAUGAGCAAAUCGGUUCCUUUGUUCUUACAGAAGGAGGAUACUGACGGAGACUCUGACACCAUUUAUGAGGACACUUACCGCCGAAGAAGGCAAAUGAUGGGCAGCUCAAUGACUAACCUCACCAGCUCCUUUGGCUUGGCCUCUGUGUCGUCUCUGAGUGGGAGUGUGAUGACCAUGUACAGCGACUUUGGGAACGUGGAGGUUCAGGGAAGCAUCCAGUUCUCCAUCAACUACAUCCAGAGGCUCAGAGAGUUUCACAUCUUUGUGGCCGAGUGUCGAGACUUGGCUGCAGUCGACCCGAAGAGAGGCCGCUCUGAUCCGUAUGUCAAAAGCUACCUGGUUCCUGACAAAGCUAACCUUGGAAAGAGGAAAACAUCUGUGAAAAAGAAAACGCUUAAUCCGACGUUCAACGAGAUCCUCAGAUAUCGAGUUCGCAUGGAGUAUCUCAGGACCCAGACGCUCAUUCUCUCCGUUUGGCAUCAUGACACCUUUGGCAGGAACAGCUUCCUGGGUGAGGUGGACGUGGAGCUCUCUAAGUGGGACUUCGACCACACCCAGAUGAAUUACUUGGCUCUGAAACCGAGGAACACACCGACUGUAGCACCAUCAAAUGGCCGAGGAGAGAUGAGACUCGCUAUACGGUUCCUGCCACAAAUCACCCACAGUGAAGGUAUAGCUAAAGAUGGUCCCAACACCGGAGAGAUUCACAUUUGGGUAAAAGAAUGCAAGAACCUGCCUCUGAUCAGAGCCACCAUCGACCCAUAUGUUAAGUGCUUUGUGCUGCCAGACACGAGCAGGAAAAGUCGGCAGAAGACUCGUGUGCUGCGGAGGACAGUAGAUCCGGUGUUUAACCAUACGAUGGUGUAUGACGGCAUCACAGAGGCCGAUCUUACCGAGGCUUGUGUGGAGCUCACAGUCUGGGACCGAGACAGACUCGCCAGCAACCUGCUGGGAGGCCUGAGGCUCGGUGGUGGAACAGGUAGAAGUUAUGGAGCGGUGGUGGACUGGAUGGACUCCAGUCCUUAUGAGGUGGCUCUGUGGGAGCGAAUGAUGGCUUCUCCAACUGAAUGGGUGGAGGAUGUUCUUCCACUGAGGAUCCUGAACUCUGCAAGAAACACUUUUAGAUAAAUAGGCUAUACCAAACAUAUACAAGACUAUAUAUUUAUAUAUAUACUAGAUAUAUUUUGCAGGUAUAAACUAUGUAAAUUAAUUUUUAUAAGGAUUCACUGCCUUGAUUGAAACUCAGUCAGGAAGAACUUCAAAAGUCAGGUGAAAAUAAAGUGAAGGCACUGGAGAGAAAGGUUGGAAUCAGCAAUAGAGACAACUACAGUGACGUCUAACCAAGCAAUUUUCUAACGGCUGGCAUUGUCAACACUUCAGGAUGCCAACUGAAGCUCCUCAGGUUUUUAAAGAAAAGUGUGAUAAAAUUAGAAACAAAAGCCUCUCUUUAAAGUGAGUUGUGUAGAGAUUCAGACAGAAUGUUAGAAAACUUUAUAGGAGGGGAUAAAAUGAACUUUGGCCCAAUGAGAUCCAAAGAACUUCAUUACAAGGCAACUGGACUUCUUUUUUAUUGGUUCUUGGAGAUGUUUCAUCUCUCAUCCAAGAUGCUUCUAAGUUCGAACUGACUGACGGCGAGUCCCAGAUUCCACUGUCAGAAGUACAACCCCUGUCAAAAGUUUUAGGACACUUUCUCAUUCAAAUAAAGAACCUGUCCUACAACUUUUGACAGGGGGUGUAUCUACCAAAUUUGGUACACAUAUGCAGCACAUCAGGCUGAAGAAAAAAGUCAGUGACUGCCACAUUCCAAACCCAACAGGAAGUGAGCUAUUUUGCGUUGAAUGUCAAAUUUUACCCAUUUUUCACUUUUUCCUAGGGAGAAACUCCAAUUCACCUCAAAUUCGGCCAGUACAUACAGGAGGCCAUAAUGAACCAAAGUUAUUAAAAUCUUUUUCCAAAGUCAAAAGGUAUGUCCAUGGCGGCCUCUGGAAUUUUGAUCCUUCGCCAUGAAAUUUCAAAUGCUGUGUAAAUGCCCUGAACAUGCUCCAAUCUGCCUGAAACUUUACAUGUAUGAUCAGAGUCCUGCCCUGAUCACAUCCAUAUGAUGAAAUACACCCCCUGUCAAAAGCUGUAGGACAGGUUCUACUUUAUUUGAAUGAAACAGUGUCCUAAAACUUUUGACGGGAGGUGUAUAUCUAAAAAUAUAUCUGAAACUGGCUAUCAUGUUCAGGAAUGAUUAAGGAUGUUAAUGGUGGUUAAAAUGUCUGGGAAGAGGUUUCAAGACUGCAUUGUAAGUACCUGAUAACUGGUGUCUUAGACUGAGAAGAGUUUCACUGCUCUUCAGACCCAGCGAUGUUUUUAUACAAAUUCUGGUUCACCCUGAAGUUAAAGCACACAAACACAAGCUGAGCAAUGUCACUUGUGCAGUCCAGUUCUGCAAAGAGUGUACAGACCUAGACACAAGAGAGAUUAAACAACACCUCCGUAAGCGCAUUAACAGCAGAGCAGCUCCUCAGGAUAAGACCCAGCAGUUAAAAACAGCUUUUUCCACAUUUUGGACAAAGAUAUACAUAUAGAAAGCAUUUAUGUUUGACUGGAGCAGCCAUAUAUAAAUGAAAGAGAUGAUCUCCUGGACUACUUAUCAGAUACUUAGAAUGCAGUCUGAAGCUCUCACCAGAAAGUUUCCCCACCAUUAAUUUUUUGUAUUUAUUUGGCACGGACAGUGCGCAUUUAUGAACGCCUAUUCAUACAGCAAUGGGCGUAAAUAUGCCAGAUUAUAGCAGCAAUGCUAAUUUACCUUCGCAGUCCAAAGGUAAAAAGAAAAAACAUAACAGCGAUACAUAAAACAAUAAGUCACAAUAAAAGCACAUUGCAAAAAGUACACAAAGGAAACAUGACAGUGAAACAUGCAAUAAAACAUAGGAGAAUAGGUCGUAAUAAAAAACAAUAAAAGGGCAUUACAAAAUUAAAAUUUGAAGUUAGCACUAAUCUGAAGUUUCCCAACCAUUCACACCUUUGCACACUAACAGCUGUUUAAGUUGGGGAUGACAGUACACAUCUGGGACUCCACAUCCAUCAGACAGAACUGAAGAAGUCUCUUGGAUGUGAAGUGAAACGUCUUCAAGAACCAAAAUAAGAAGUUUGGUUUCCUUCUACUUUGAGAAUUUGGACUUAUGACCUGGGUGACAGAGAUGCCUCAUUUGAUGCAGAUCUCCCUUAAGUUACUUAACUUUGACCUGUUCUUGCCAAACAAUGCAAAGGACCUGUGCAAUGUAUUUUCAAUUGCACUGUACCUUUAGGAAAAGUACCUUUAAAGUAUAUACUUUAUGAUACAUCACUUCAAACCGUCACUAUAGUCUUCAUUUAAGCAGCUGAAUCUUCUGAAACCAUGGUUCCUUUGACUAACACGAAUUUUGACAGUAUUGUUAUAAAUCUAAAUGAAUUGGACAGCAAAUUCAACUGCUGCUCUGAAUUGUAUUAACCCAAAGAUGAAUUAAAGAAACUUAAUGCAGAAUAA